AUGAGUUUUAUGCCCGUUAACCCGAAGCCUAUGCUUCAAGAGCUAGUCAACAAGGACAUCGUGGUGCGGCUCAAGUGGGGCGAGACCGAGUACAAGGGCCGCCUGGUGUCUAUCGACGGCUACUUCAACAUCCAGCUGACCAACGCACAAGAGUACAUCGACCAGAAGUUCACGAGCGACCUGGGGCAGAUUCUCAUCCGAUGCAACAACGUCCUGUGGAUCAAGCAGGCCGAUAAAGGGGAUGUGCAGAUGGAGGGCUAG